UCAUUUUUUCUCAACAAUUUUCCUUCUUUCUCUUUCGCCAAGAAAACCACCACCACUACUACCUCCGCCAUUCCCCGCCACCACUCCCAGUCCCAGAUAUUUUCCUUCUGAUCAAGCACGCGUAGACCCAUUGCACUGACGAAUCAUGAGAGAAAUUAUAAGCAUUCAUAUAGGUCAGGCUGGAAUUCAGGUUGGAAAUUCAUGCUGGGAGCUCUAUUGUCUUGAGCAUGGCAUCCACCCUGAUGGUAUGAUGCCAAGUGACAAUACAGUUGGUGUUGCCCAUGAUGCCUUCAACACCUUCUUCAGUGAGACAAGUUCAGGCAAGCAUGUGCCUAGAGCUAUCUUUGUUGACUUGGAACCCACCGUUAUCGACGAGGUUAGAACCGGCGAGUACCGCCAGCUAUUCCACCCUGAGCAACUCAUUUCUGGGAAGGAGGAUGCUGCUAACAAUUUCGCAAGAGGACAUUAUACAGUUGGGAAGGAAAUUGUAGAUCUCUGCCUUGACCGAGUAAGGAAAUUGGCUGAUAACUGCACUGGAUUGCAAGGGUUUUUGGUGUUCAGCGCUGUUGGUGGUGGUACUGGCUCUGGUUUGGGAUCUUUGUUGUUAGAACGCUUGUCUGUAGAUUAUGGAAAGAAGUCAAAGCUUGGCUUCACUAUCUAUCCUUCACCCCAGGUUUCGACGGCAGUUGUGGAACCUUACAACAGUGUUCUAUCUACACACUCCCUUCUUGAACACACAGAUGUGGCUGUGUUGUUGGACAAUGAAGCUAUCUAUGACAUCUGCAGGAGAUCCCUAGACAUUGAGAGGCCAACAUACACAAAUUUGAACCGUUUGAUAUCACAAAUCAUAUCCUCAUUGACAACCUCGUUGAGGUUUGAUGGAGCCAUUAACGUUGACAUCACAGAGUUCCAGACUAACCUCGUGCCAUACCCCCGAAUUCAUUUCAUGCUUUCUUCAUAUGCCCCUGUUAUCUCAGCUGAGAAAGCAUACCAUGAACAGCUAUCUGUACCUGAGAUCACAAAUGCAGUGUUUGAGCCAUCGAGCAUGAUGGCGAAGUGUGACCCUAGACAUGGAAAAUACAUGGCCUGCUGUCUGAUGUACAGGGGAGAUGUUGUUCCUAAGGAUGUAAAUGCCGCCGUUGCUACUAUCAAAACCAAAAGGACUGUGCAAUUUGUUGACUGGUGCCCAACUGGCUUUAAAUGCGGUAUAAACUACCAGCCUCCAACAGUUGUGCCGGGCGGUGAUCUUGCCAAAGUGCAACGAGCUGUUUGCAUGAUCAGCAACAACACAGCCGUGGCUGAGGUCUUCUCGCGUAUUGACCACAAGUUCGAUCUCAUGUACGCCAAGAGGGCAUUCGUCCACUGGUACGUCGGUGAAGGUAUGGAGGAAGGUGAGUUCUCGGAAGCCCGUGAAGACCUUGCGGCCCUCGAGAAAGAUUACGAGGAAGUUGGUGCUGAAGGAGCCGACGAUGAAGAGGAAAAUGAAGACUACUGAUGAUGAUGUUAUGCAAGGGCGUUUUAUCUUGAUAUUUUUGUAUAUCAUGGCGAUUUGCUUCUUCUUCACUACCUCCUAUAUUUCGCUUUUGCAAGUGUUUUGUCUGUAUUGAGCUGUACGAUCAAAUUUUAAUCUGUCUUUAAUGCCAUGGAAUUGUAAGAAUUUAUGUACUUAUGCCAUCAAUCACAUGUGUUCUUUUUUUGAUAUUAAUGAAAUGAUUCUUUUCUGAA